GGCGGAGGCGCGAGCACCUGUGUCCACUUCCCAGCCACCUGCCCGACGCGCUCGGCCGCCCCCUGUCGAGGCAUGGCCACCCCACCCAAGAGGAGCUGCCCCUCUCCCGCGACCAGCUCGGAGGGAACCCGCAUCAAGAAAAUUUCCAUCGAAGGGAACAUCGCUGCAGGGAAGUCAACAUUUGUGAAUAUCCUUAAACAAGUCUGCCAGGAUUGUGAAGUGGUUCCUGAACCUAUUGCCAGAUGGUGCAAUGUUCAAAGUACUCAAGAUGAAUUUCAGGAACUGACUACAUCUCAGAAAAGUGGUGGGAAUGUUCUUCAGAUGAUGUAUGAGAAACCUGAGCGAUGGUCUUUUACCUUCCAGGCAUAUGCCUGCCUCAGUCGCAUACGAGCUCAGCUUGCCUCUCUCAACGGCAAGAUCAAAGAUGCGGAGAAACCUGUAUUAUUUUUUGAACGAUCUGUGUAUAGUGACAGGUAUAUUUUUGCAUCUAAUUUGUAUGAAUCUGAAUGUAUGAAUGAAACAGAGUGGACAAUUUAUCAGGACUGGCAUGACUGGAUGAAUAACCAAUUUGGCCAAAGCCUUGAACUGGAUGGAAUCAUUUAUCUUCGAGCUAGUCCAGAGAAAUGCUUGAGUAGAAUAUAUUUACGGGGAAGAAAUGAAGAACAAGGCAUUCCUCUUGAAUAUUUAGAGAAGCUUCACUAUAAGCAUGAAAGCUGGCUCCUGCACAGAACACUGAAAACCAACUUUGAUUAUCUACAAGAAGUGCCUGUCUUAAUAUUGGAUGUUAAUGAAGACUUUAAAGACAAACACGACAGUCUGGUUGAAAAGGUCAAAGAAUUUUUGAGCACUUUGUGAUCUUGCUGAAGACUUCAGGAAGAAAAAUGAUUCCAGACACUUCAGCUUUGUGUAUCUUUGUAGCUUUGUAUUUAUACAAGUCUCUUUAGAAAACCCAAGUGUUUAACCAUUUUUGUUCCAAGAAAAAAUGAUUUUUUAUGAGUCCUAUAUGAAAGUUUAUGACCAGCUUCUUCCCUCCCUCCCUCCUUCCCUCCUUUCCUCCCUUCCUUCCUUCUUCCUUCCUUCCUUUGUAUAAAAACCAGACAUUUAAUUAUCUCUCAUGACAAGAAGUCUGGAGGUAGAUGGUUCCAGAAUCACUAUAGUGGCUAAAGGUCCUAUAUCACAAAGGACCCACGCUUCUCUGUCUUUCCCCUGUUAUCCUCCUCAGCAGGUAGGCUUUUUUCCUGGUGCUUCUCAUCUCAUUGUUGACUAGUUUUUUAACUGGAUUUCUUAACUGGAAACUUUGUUUCAUAGAAAAUGGUAAUGUGUCUGGUGUAAAUUAGCACAAAAAGUUGAAAAGUGGAAUUUAAGGAAUCUCUAGAAAAAGAAUUGUUUUAUUUGAAGUACUUUGAUCCAUUGCCUUCCCUUCUAUCUCAAUUUAUGUGGAAGAUAAGAUCAGAUGUAAUAUUUAAUCCAUUGAUAUUUAUUAGUGUGUCUAUAAUAUAUUCAUAGAGGAGCAAGUUAGACUAUGUUCCCAGUUUGUAAUGGCAUACAUCUGUACUAUGGGUGAGACUUCAUCUUUUUGCACGGGGUUUUGGAUGAUUAAAGAGGAAAUGUUUCUUAAAAUACAACUUAUAAGCGCCCUACCUGGUUUGGCUCAGUGGAUAGAGCGGCCUGCAGACUGAAG